GUAUCUAGACUGCUGUGAGAGAAUUUUGUAAAUGGAAUAACUCCCAUCAAAUGUUAUACUCUCUUAGUCUACAUUAAUAAAUUUAACAAUAAACAAAUUCUCUUAUCAGUAAUUCAUAUAGGUGAGAUACCUCGAAUAAAUAUAGCUGACUGUAUAUUUAAAUUAAACUCAGUCUUAGUUGUACUCUCGGUGGAAUAAGACUACGAGCUGUGAAUAAAAUUGGAUAUUUCAGCAGAUAUGAAGUAUAUGGCUUUAAUGGCUCUUUUGGGCCUUUUGGUUGCACUAUUUGUGGGCUACACUGAGGCUAGCUUUUGCCCCUGCAAUCCGCGGAAGUCGGAGGUGUGUGGAUCCAAUGGCGUAACCUACAGAAAUCGCUGUGAGUUCGAGUGCUCCCAGCGGGAGUACAAGAAGCUCGGUCGAAUUCUAAACAUCCGCAAACAGGGGCCUUGCUUCCAAGUAAAAUGGAAAUAAAAAAUAAAGUUGAACUAAUUAAGUCAGCAA